AUGGCGGUCAAACCCAUUGAAAAUCGGGCAGUUCAAUAUGCGAAUCGAUCCUCACGGACAGAAAAAGGUUGCAGUCAGUUUGAUAAUGAUCGAGUGACAUUGCUUCUUCGGUCCGAACCAAGGAAUCCCUUAAAUAUGAUUCAAAAAGGAUCUUGUUUUAUCGUUGAUCAGAGAUUUCUCUAUGAAAAAUAUGAAUCGGAGUUUGAAGAAGGGGAAGGAGUUCUCGACCCGCAACAGAUGGAGGAAGAUUUAUUCAAUCACAUAGUUUGGGCUCCUAGAAUAUGUCGCCCUUGGGGCUUUCUAUUUAAUUGUAUCGAAAGGCCCAAUGAAUUGGGAUUUCCCUAUUGGGCCAGGUCAUUUCGGGGUAAGCGGAUCAUUUAUGAGGAAGAGGAUGAGCUUCAAGAGAAUGAUUCGGAGUUCUUGCAGAGUGGAACCAUGCAGUACCAAACACGAGAUAGAUCUUCCAAAGAACAAGGCUUUUUUCAAAUAAGCCAAUUCAUUUGGGACCCUGCGGAUCCACUCUUUUUCCUAUUGAAAGAUCAGUCUUUUGUCUCUGUCUCUGUGUUUUCACAUCGACAAUUCUUUGCAGAUGAAGAUAUGUCAAAGGGGCUUCUUACUUCCCAAAUAGAUCUUCCUACAUCUAUAUAUAAACGCUGGUUUAUCAGGAAUAUGCAAGAAGUAUAUUCAGUAACAAAUAUCUGUACUAGACUCAUAUUGGCUUAUUGCUGA